ACGGGUGAACUUGCCCUAAGGUGGGUUUCUUCUCUUUUCUUUUUCAGCAGAAAAGAAAAAUUAAAGGUAACAGUACUUGGUAAGCUGAAAGGCGUAGACAAGGUAAAAUUCCCAAAAAGGACAUGCUGGUGAUCCCAGUCCCAGGUAUAAAUUCGUCCUUCCCAGUCAACGCCUCAGCUUCUAACUUUACCGUGGUGUUUUUCUAGGGUUUAAUGUGUCCGUCCUCCUUUGGAUUUUACUGAGCUCCAGCUCUUCUGGUGAGAGGUUUGGCAAAGAUUUAGUUCACUGAGUCACAAAACAAGUAUUGUGUGAGAGAGAGAAAACAAGGGUGGAUUUUUAUUUUUUGGGUGAGUGUUUUACUAAAUGGGGCCGGGUUCGGGGAGAAAGGUCAUCAAUUUAGAGGGAAGUGAUGGUGAAUUGGAUGAGAGGACUGAGAGGCGUUUGAGGAGAAGGGGUUUAGCUAAUGGAAUUUACAAUCCCAAUUUGCGUCGCAGUACCCCGAAGAAAAGCAAAAAGUGUAAUGCACAAGUGGAGAACCUAAUGUUGGAUAAGGAUUAUGAGAAAUACCUGAGUUUGAUUCAGCGGGGUUGGGACUUGAAUGAACAUUCUAGUGAUCACGGUGUUAAUGGGGAUUGCGAGAAUGAACAUAAUGAUGAUGGGAAUGGACAUUGUGGUGGUGAAAAUAAUGAUAUUAGGUCUGUGGACGGUGAUGGAAACAAGCAUUCUGUUGAUGACAAUAAUGAUGCCAGGGUUGUGGAUGGUAGUGGGAGCAAACAUUCUGUUGGUGAUACUGUCAACUUGAAGUCUGUGGAUCACGGUGGUGGUGGGAAUGGACGAUGUGGCGUGGAUGAUGGUGAUGGUGAUGGUGGGAAUGCUCAUUUUGGUGAUGGCAACAUUCAUGUUAAUUCUUUGAAUCAUGGCGUUGAUGAUGAUGAUAUGGAUCCUCAGUAUAAGAUAUUCUGGGACAAUUUGAAGGAAGAUGGAAAUUCAUACGUACUGGAGAUGGUUCAAGAGGAUGGACGUGUGAAACAGAUAAGGUAUCACCAAGGCGAUGGUUUACCUGAUGAGCUCGAUCUAGAUGCCAUGCAUUCCCAGGGGAAACAGAAGACUAAAUUUAAAAACAGGGAGACUAUGGCAAAUUUAGAGGAUGCCCCAGAGAAAAGGUUUUCAGUGAAGAAGAGGAAUGUAAAAUUGGAAGCUCUGGAACCUGUUUCAGAUGGAACAAAUGUGUGUUCUAGUAAACGACCUCGUUUAGAGGUUCCAAAUACUCCAAAAAGUUUAGGAAGUUCUCCGCAGAAAGAGAAAACUGAAACUAGAAGAAAUUCAAGGAGUGUCAUUAAGAAGAGAAAUUUAGAGGAUCGUCCAGAGAAAAAGAAUGGUCUUGAGAAAAAGAGUUCAAUGUUGAAGAAGAAUGUGAAGGAAGCAGAUGCAGAUCCUCUUUCUGGUAGAACAAAUGGGCGUUCUCAUAAACAGUCUGGUUCAAAAUAUCUUCGGUUCUCAGAGGGUGGGUGCAAUAGUGAAGCUGAAUCUGAUUCUAAUCUAACAGAUGACAGCUAUCAAGAGUUCUUAAGUUGUACUAAGGAUGAUGGGAAAGUUAUGGUAUUUACAUCCAGAAUUUGUGGACCAUUAAUAUAUGAUUCAGAUGAAGAAAGUUCAUCGGAUUCAGAUGUGAUCGUGCUCGACAGGGAUCCACAUGAGGGAUACCGUACACCAAUUAUUGAUGUAGACAGUCGGCGGUCCACUGAAAGUCAUUCCCAGUUUAGGCAAGGGAUUAUGCAGGAUCUUAAAAGGCCUUACCACCUGGAAGAGUAUACCAAUCUCUUGGAAGACUGGUCUCGCCAAAGGGCAGCCACAGGUCAUGAUAAAAAUCUGCGAAAUGGAAAUGUAAAAUCAUAUGCACUGCCGGGGGAAUUUGGGAAAUCAUAUCAAGAGAUGUACAAAGAUCUGGCAGGAAAGAUUCAUGCAGUGACAGGCGAUGAUCGCCCUAGAAAGUUAAAUCUUUUGCGUGGAUUUUUCUACUGGUUGAAGAAUAUUUCCCAGGAAGGAAGCUUUAAACCUUGGAAUGACAAAGCAUGUUUGAAGGUGGUGCCGCAGACACUAAAUAGGAGGACUUCUUGAGCAUUAUGUUCUAAUUAUUAAAAAGGAAGUAUUAUGAAAAUCAUGUUCCUCCCAUUGUUUCUCCUCACGGCCGCUUUGUUUUGUAUAUUUUGGGUAUAUUACAUCGUGGUAUACCACUUGAUGCGGCCGUUACAGAAACAAAAUGAGAUGUGGAUAUUUAUGUACACAGUUAGAAACCUUCAUGUAACAGAAGCAUUUAUCAUAAAUAUCAGCUUCUCUCUUUGUAUCUAAAUAUAA